UUUGGAGCGGAAUAUAUGAUCGAAAUGACCAAAAACUCCCCGGGCAAGACUGAGAAAUCGUCCGGGUCUGGUUCAAGGAUGGAUGCGGAGAGACCGCGGGGCUACCGGUCGCGCUCGCGCUCCCGGUCCCACCACCGUUACUCGGAGGAGGAGGAGGACUGCCCCCCUCGCCACCGCCGGCACCACCGCCACGGGAGGAGGGCCCGCCACAGCCGGUCGAGGAGCCGGGAGCGAGCCGGCGGGAGCCGCCACCGCCACCGUCGCCACAGACACGGGAGCCGAGACCUGGACGAUGGCGGCCGCCGCAGGAGGAGGAGGAGCCACAGCCGGAGCUCGAGCCGUAGCCGCAGCCAAAGCCCAAAGGCGCCCCAGGAGCGGCCGGCGGGAGCCAAGCCGGCCCUGCGUGCUCCGGGAGUGGGCAUUCGGGAGACCGGCACGGUGUUGCCGGAGGCGAUUCCGGCCUCCACCGCCACCAACCCGCAGCAGUUCUUGGUGACCGCGAUGCCCACCACGGCGGCGCCGACGUCCACCGCCUCCGCCGCCCUGGCGACCACCACCAUGCCGCCCGGCGUGUCGCCUGCCCUGGCGGCAGCGCGUGCAGCGGCGGUCCGGUCGGGGCUGAUGCCCGUGGAGGCCCUGGGUGCCCCCGGCCCCGCGGGGCUGCAGCUGGCCCUGACCCAGGCGAGCAGCGGCAGCGCCCUGCCCAGCUACUACAACCCCUCGGCCGUGAACCCCCUCAAGUACGCCGAGCAGAUGCAGAAGCGCCGGCUGCUCUGGAAGAAGUCUGCUGAAGGGGACGCCAACAGUAGCAGCCCGGAGGAGAAGCCGGCGUCCUCGUGCGCCAAGGUGUGGGAGAAGAUGACCUUCGCCCAGGACGAAGGGGGCAAGGUGACGGCCAAGUUCCGCAAGCUGAUGGGCAUCCGCAGCGAGCCCCCCCCAGAUGCAGACCCCAGCUCGGACCCGCUGCUGAGCAAGCAGGAGAAGCUCUUCCACGACCUGGACCAGCAGUACGAGGCGGCACGCCUGUCCACCCACACCCACCGCGGGGUGGGCCUGGGCUACAGCUCGCAGAUGGCCGCCUUCUUCCAGCAAACCAACCUCACCAAGUGAUCCGCAGGAUGCGCUUCCCGAGUUUAAAAAAAGACUUCGCUCCCACGCCCGUCUUGACUCUUGCGCGAGUGCAACCGUCGUCGCAGUAUAAACGUGCAAAUGAAUUGUGCCCCCCCCCCCCUGACUGGCUGGAUGGUGGGGGAGCGUUCGGAAGUUUGAAGGGUACGGAGCAGCUAGAGACGGUUUGAGAUCGAGGAGUAUUUGUUUGUGUCGGGGAAAGUUUCGAUUUGGGGGGCCUCUGUGCGAUCUCGAGUUUGGCACGUCGUCGUGCUGUGUUAAGCUGCGGGCCACCUACGGUCUGUUGCGGGUUGAGAAAGGCGGGAAACGCUGGAGAGAAGUUAACUACCAGUCGUGGCAACUAGAAAGCUUUGUGGGAGGGGCUUUCCGGGCUCUUCUUAACGUGCAACAGACGGUAGGCCGAACAAGUCCAUUUCACCUUGGGUGGUUUGCGGCACCGACUUUGGCUUAACUCCAGCAUAAGCGUGCUGUUCACGGUUGUGUGCUUGCUGUGCAAGAGAUGAGAAAGUGCGGCAACAGUGGUUUGUUUCUGUGCUCCGUACACCGCUAAGCCGUCUGAGCGGAGGAAGCCACAUGCCCGUUGGACCAGUCGUCUGCCGUUGGUUGUUCGCCACGUGAUCGCGCAUCUGCCCGUACCCACGCGCAAAGAGGGGCCGGACGGCAAAAGGCAGACAGCCAAUUGAGGCAACGAGCGUGGAGCUUCUGUCGCGCUCAGUUUUUAGGGGUGAAGGGAGCAUAACAGGUGCCUUUGCUCCUAAACGCGAGAGGGCAAUUGGCCGCAGACGUUUCCUUCGAGUCCUUUAGUACAAGUCCAUUGUUAGCCGCGUGCCACCUUCUGUCUACACAUAGUCUCCCUGUAAAUAGUGGAUUUUGAAAGUUGGCCGGUCGGAUCGGAAUCAUAGUCAUGCAGCAGCAAAUCCAAAUCGGAUCUUUUUGUGCGUGUGUGUGUGUAUGCCAGAGUCGACAUCUCGUGAACCGAGCGAUUUGCCACGGUAUGUGCAUCUAGAAAGUUCUCCAACUACACGUGACUAGUUUCUCGGCUCAAGAUGUCAACCGUCCCAGACCAGAACACGCGUUUCGUUUCUCUAUGUGCGUCUGCCCAUUUUUAAGUUCCUACUCGUGCACCUUUUCUUUUUUGCGUUGACACCCUUUCGUCAAAGGGCGACUUGCCGGCUCUUUUGAAAAGUUGCUCUCUCCUGGCUGUAUUCAUUUAACAUUGGGGUCGUCACUUUGCCUCGAACACUUUUUAAUCGAGCGAGUACCCUCGCACAUCUCGUGGUUUUCACUGUGCAAUAAAUUGUGGGCAUUGGCUCGUGCCUCUUGUUCACCAUUUUGGGGUUCUCGGUGCUUGGCCACAUAGAGCUGCGUGUGCUCAGAUUGAUGACAACUGCCACUGGUCAUUUUGGAGCACAGACUUUAAUCCCAGAUUGAGCAGAUAACCUGCUCCUUAGAAGCACAUUGUGAGACGGCUGAACAGGAGGAGACUCGCAAAUGGUGCAGUGAAUGAGCUCGUCGGGUGCGCUCAUUGAGGAGUACUGGAUUUUUUUUGUUGUUACGCGAACCAUUUUACAAAGUUAAUGCAGCAUCUAAUUUACUAAAGGUAGGCAGAACACUCGAUCUCGCUCAUUUUUAGUGGAUAAAGUGCAACCCAUCAAAGGUGUUCUUGUAGUAUUAGUUUUAGUCUCGUUUCGAGUCCUGGCUGAAGUGUCCGCAUUUUGAUUGAAGCUUAUUGCAGAAGAGGUUCAAUUGCGUGUCAAGAGAUUCAAAAUUUACUUAUUUAUACCUUCGGCUUUGAUUCAUUGUGUCUAUGAUCAGCAUGUUUUCAGUUUACUGCUUUUUACUUUUUUUCCUUUGUACAGGGAAUUUUGUGUAACCACCUCAAAUGUCUUCUAAAGGGCAGGCAAAGUAGACGCCUCUUUUUCCUGAGAAAUGUGAAUUUUUGUGUGGAAAUCAAACAUGCCAAAGCAACAUUGUUAAAAUUUAAGUUUCAUGUUUGUACAAUUACAUUGUUUAGGUUGGAAUAUGUUCACUUUCAGCUCCAUUGUCAAAAUGUCACUACCAACUUCCAAACGCCUAGUCUACCAAAUUCUUUGCUCUUUAAUGCCUCGUGAUGUCACUGGAUCCGCACAGGUGCGCGAUUUGUAUGUGCUAAAACAUGUUGAUUACUUCAGUUUUGUGCAGCAACCAGGUCGGCCAUCUCUUACUGCGCUAGUGAUGAUACAAGCACCCAAGUAACAAAUUUACAAGCUUAGCUCACAGUGAACAAGACUUGCAUACAAUAGACUCGUUUGAUUUACCUGCACUUCCUGCACCAGUGCAGGAAGUGCAGGUAAAUCGAGCGAGCCUAUUAAAUGUACCCUAAAGCACUAAGCUAUGGCUAGAGUAUUGACGCUCUCUUCCCCGAUUACUCUGCGGACAAUGCCAUUUCCUGACCCAGUGCAGUGCGGGAACAAUUGACUAUAGUUGCCAUUCGAAAAUGCAGAGGAAAAGUAAAUUGGCUUAGGAGGGAGAGAAGGAGGAAUCAUAGUUUUGAUUUUCUAGGCUAGGUGGCGUAAGCUACUGCCCAUUAUGGCGUUGCUCUGAAACAUAGCUACCUUAGUGCAUCUAGUUUACCCUUGGUAUUUCCCACGCGUGCAUGUCAAUUUCUUAUUUGGUGCCAAUCUGCACGUUGGUGUUUCGACAGCUACAGUCGUCCAAAGAUUUAACUUCACCAGCCUAACGACGCCUUGCCCUAGUUUGCUGCUCAUUUUCUGAGCUGUGUGGUCGACCAGCCGCUCUAGGUCUGUCCAAAGCCUCGUCCAUGUACGUCUCGUUCAAAAUGGUAGUUCAAAUCCUGCGACUUUCCAGUGUUGUGAUGGAGCCCUUGAAACCGGUAGAUGUCACAUUCACAUUGGAGCUGUCAACUUUCUGCAUGGCUGUGCCUAUAUUUGGUGUCAGUUUGGCAAAGCAAACACUGGAGAAGAGGUGACCUCCUCUUCAGCGUUCGCUCUGCUAAGGUGGGAGGAGCUUCUGCUGAAGUUUUGUCGACUUUGUCUUUAUUUACAUUUAAGGUACAAUUUACUUUGUUCCUUUGCGGUAAAUGAAUAAAUGGACCUGUAGAAAGAGAACCUACAACAGAUAAGUUUUU